AUGGGUCUAGCAGAAAACGUGCUGUCUUUAUUGACAGCCACAAACCUUGUACUCGUUUUACUUUCCUAUGUACUUUUGAGGUUCGCUUAUCAAAUCAUUUACUAUCGCUUUUUCCAUCCGCUCUCGGCGUUUCCUGGUCCUUUUUGGGCGUCUGCCACCAGGCUCUGGAUUACUUUUCAGAACCUGAAGGAGACUGAAUAUUUGACCUUUUACGAGCUUUCCAAGAAAUACGGUCCUGUCGUACGCGUUUCCCCAACCUUACUACUCGUCAACGACCAUUCGAAGCUUCCGGAGGUUUACCACCGCAAUGCCGACAAAACAGGCCACUACAUCACAGGCAGCUUCGGAGAAAAUGAGAGCCUGUUCAAUAUGAGGUCUCAUAAGACCCAUGCUGUCUUCAGAAAACAUGUUGCGGGGCCGUAUAGCUUCACAAACGUCAAGAAAAUGGAGCCAUUGAUAGAUGCCAGGAUCAAGGAAUGGAGCAAGAAGCUUGAUGAAACUUUUGCGAAGCCCGGCGAGCCUUUUGACUUUGCUUGGUGGGCAGUAUACAUGGCGUACGAUAUCAUCAGUGAGAUCGGGUUCGGCGCACCAUUCGGUUUCAUCGAGAAGGGAGAAGAUAUCGGCGGCUUGAUCCAAGGAUUCCAUGACGGUCUCCCAGCAUUUGGGGUGCUCGCACGGCUCCACCCCUUCACCUCCUGGAUCAAAACCACAUUUCUGAAAAAGUACCUCACCUUCCUUGAAGCCCGCACCGAAGACGGAAACCCGCUGGACCUCGAAUACAUCCGCGCAGAAGUGCUGCUGGUCCUGCUAGCCGGCGCCGACACAACAGGCACCGCCUUCCAAGCGCUGAUCCAGUUCCUCCUCUCGAACCCCGAGGCCUACGAGCGCAUGAUGCAAGAGAUCGACGAUGCGUCGAGCAAGGGCCUCAUCUCGGAGGUUCCGCAGUACAGCGAAGUCCUCGAGCAUCUCCCUUUCUUCGUGGGUUGCGUGAAGGAGACGAUGCGCCUCUGCCCGUCAGCUCCGAACAUCUUUCCCCGAUAUGUCUCGGAGCCGGGCCUGAAGCUCUAUGGGAAACUGGCGCCAGCGGGGACGGAGAUCUCGUGUAACCCGUACAUCGUGCACCGCGACCCUGCGCUGUAUGGUGAAGAUGCGGAGGAGUUCCGGCCGGAGCGCUGGUUGGAUCCGACGCAGGCGAAACUGUUUAAUAAGUAUAACUUUGCGUUUGGGUAUGGGUCGCGUGUAUGUCUUGGACGGGAUAUUGCGAUGAUGGAGCUGUUCAAGGGCCCUCUACAGUUUUUCCGACAAUUCAAGCCAGAACAAGCGAAGGAUAAGCCCGAGGCCAAGUUCAUAGUGAAGGGCGGAAUUGGGUACUGGAGGGACGUCUGGCUCACCAUAUCCAAGCGACCGGAGGUAAAGGCACAGUCAACCAUGUAA